AUGGAUAAUUUUGGAGAAGAAAUGGUAAAAGAAAUUUUUAAGACCAUUAUGAAUUUAUAUUAGCUAUCAUUACACUAUAAUAUAUAUAUUAUAUAUCAUUAUAUGAUGUUAUAUAGUCAUUACAAUACAAAAAUAAUUAUUUAAAAUUAUAGGAGGAAGGCCCAAUCUUUUUGGUAGAAAAUGGGAAAACGAUGAUAAGCGACGUUGAUGGUCGUAGAAUCUUUGGGGACUUCUCUUUGAAGCUACAAGGGCAAUUAAUGUCGAAAAACAAAUUGGUCAAAGAAAAGCAUGGCAACUGGGUGGCUACGUGUACGUCGCAAGUGAAAGGGCAUCUCGAAACCAAGUAAGCUAUUUUUCAGUGUAUGCCAGACCCUUAUAUUCAUAAAUCGCAAUCCCAAUCACAAUGUUUUUCAUUGAGUGAUUGCAGCGCGCGACAAAUGACAGAGGAAUCAGGCAACCUUAUUAUAUAAACUAACAUUUGGUGCAUUCUAUACACAUAUUUUUGUGCUGCCUAUAUAUGAACAAACUAAGAGUCGUAGACUACGACAAUACAAAGGUUUCCUUUUCCGAUUGACUCCAGCAUCUUUUACGUUAAAUUUCAUGUUAUAUUUCCUCGGAAGUAUUAUUUCAACUUUCAAGCUCAGUUUUAAGAUAAUAUUUUCGAAAAAACCCGUAAUAUUUCCAAAAAAGGCUGCCAUUAUAUUAUAGAGAAUAAUUACAUGGUGCGCGGAAAUACCAGAUUUAUUUCGAGUGUUGAACAUGAUAUCUCACGAGUGAGCGCAGCGAACGAAGGAGAUACAUGUUCAACACGAGAAAUAAAUCUGGUAUUUCCAAGCACCCAUGUAUUUUUCUGUUUAUUAUAUAAACAAAAUUCAGUGAAAAACAAUAAAACGUCCGUGGCAAUGCGUUUUACAACAAAUGAUAUUUUCAAACGUAAAAAAAUCGUAUUUCAGUUUACGUGUGUUUAAAUACGAUUUUUCUCAGUGGCCAAAAACUCUAUAUAACACUUAUGUUUACAUAAUAAAUAGAGGAUAUUAGACGGUUGCGAAGAGAUAUGGAUUUUAUGUUUGAGUGGCAAAAACAAUAUCUCACGAGUGAGCGCAGCGAACGAGUGAGAUAUUGUUUUUGACACAAGAACAUAAAUAUAAUUUUAAAAAAUAUGGGUCUUGAACCCGCGAUCUAGUAAUUCGAAGGUCACGGGUUCAAGACCCAGCCGCGGCAGACUUUAUCUUUCUGCUUACGCUGGGUAUGGAAAUUAUGAAAUACACACUGGAGAACAUUUCCUACUUAUCAUGUUAUGGAGUGAACAAUAACACAACAUAACAUCUCUGCCAACUGAGCUACAUGGUCAGAUGGAUUUAAGACUGGAAAUAAUAAUAUAAUAUAUAAUAGUAGAUGACUCGCUAAUCUUUCCAAGACCAAACCCUCAUACAGUGAUGGUUUACUUUUCAAUUCUUUAUCAAAUAACCUGAAAGUGUUUAACGAUUACUCCCUGUCUGCGUAUAAGCAUAAAGUUAAGAGGUUUUUCUCUAAUCUUAAUCAUGAGGUUGACCAUCUUGAACAAUGUUCGUGUCUUUCUUGGAAAAACCUAAUUAAGUGCAUUUGUUACUCACACUGAAUUUUCUUUUAAUAAAUUAUAUUGUCAAAACUAAAAAAAAACAUUAUGCAUGCUUAAUAAUACAGUUAUUUUCGUAUUUGGUACUAUAAGUUGUAUAGUCCCAUAUGUGCUGUGUCAAAUGCAACUAUAAACUUGCUUCUUUGUAUAUAUUGUAAAUACUGUAGGUUAUCUAAUUUUUAGAGGGCCAUUUGGUAGAAUACCUUCUCAGGUAAAAAUGUAAAUUUACCCUCAUCAAAUAAAGUUUAUUAUUAUUAUUAUUUUCACUUAUUUACUGAGACAGAGGGAAACGGCGGUCGAGGGGCCACAAACACUGCUUUCCCGAGGUAUCGGUAAAUAAGUGUUUUGUUAUAUAAUAGCAUAUAAGUGUCAAAUUAAGUAUGAAUAAUUCACCGGUUAUUGGAGAGAACUUUGAAUGAAAAAAAUUAAAUAAUGGAACGCCGUAAAUGUUUAAUAAAAAAAGUUUAAUAAAAUGAACUUUGCAACUUCACGGUCGACGCGCAUGUGCACUGAACCCAUUCCAUUAUUAAAGCUUUUAACAUUAUUAUUUCAUUAUUAUUAUUGUUUCAUUCUUCUACAUUAUGGGUUAUACCACAAGCUUUUUUGUGAAAUUGUGAACAAUUUCAAAACUGUUCAGUCUUUUUUAUAUACCCUGUAUGGCGUCAAACAAUUGAUGUAUCUUAUAUUUACAGAACCAUAGUUCUCCCAGUUACCACGUUCGAUUCAAGGUCGAAAUUUUUACAAGAACUGAGGGGGAGUUUUGGCUCAGCAGUUUUGAACCUUGGUGGGUCAGUGACCACAAGUUCGCUUGCCGACUACCACACGUUCUUAAAGAACGACGUGAACAACUCCAAUAUGAGAUUAUAUAAAGCACAAAAUUUGGGUUUCCAGCUGGACAAUUACAGGUUUCUUUCGAAGGAGGUAUAUAUAUAUAUAUAGAGAGAGAGAGAGAGCCGUCAUCGGAGUGAAAUAUAAAUUUUCGUACUAACUAAAGGCGUGAAAUCUUACUUAUUGAACAUUGUAAUUCAGGUGCAUAUCAGUCAAGGCGAAUUGGUAAGACAAGGUGAAGAAAUUUACUUCGUCGACAACGAAGAUAUUUACUGUCAUGGAACAGAUUUAGGCAGGCAUCUUUUGGAUUACCAUAGGUUGCGAUCUGUUUGUAAGAGGUAAAUGUAAUUUUAUAUGUGACUAUUUCACACAAAUCAUUUUUAAAAUAAACAAUAUUUAUUUAAAAAACAGAAAACCCUUCUUGGAAUAUUUCGACUGUGGAAUUUAAAAGAAUUAGCUGUCUAAUUAUCUUAAGGUGGCUCGAUAUAGUUAUCACAACAAAACCGGGUGACCAUUUUUACAUGCAUGUCGCGGAAACGGAUUAACAAAAUGAAAGAAUUUCCAAAAUGACCUAGUUGCUCUAGCCAGCACGUCAUUGCGCGCGUUCUAUCCCUAUAUCUAUUCUGUGGUUCUAUGUCAAUUGCUGACGUCAUAAGAAUUUUCCAUUUUAGAAAAACAAUGCGCUAUAUCUCUUUAUUUUGUCUGGUGAUCUAUGUUUAAAUUUUGCAUGCUGCAUGUAUUGCACCGCUGAAAACGUUCAUUAUACAAAAAAUAAAAAAUUCUGCAAUGCCAAAAAAAAUUUUACAGAAGAAUACGAUAUUUUCUCUUUUUUCCAAAAAAAUGGCAUUACAGAAUUUUUCUAUAUUUUGCUAAUUUUUAGUUUUUCUUCCAAGUAAAAUAAUGCACGAAAAAACUCCUAACUAAAUUUAAAGGUUAGUAUUAAUUAGUAUAGGGGUAGGGUCAUGUUUAGGAUAAGUAAGGAUUAUACUCAUGUAUUCUGGACAUGGAAUUAUUACACAAUAAUCUUAAUUAGCUUGUUCUUUUUUCCAGUUACAUUGAGUUAUCGUCACAUUUUGGCCAAAACGCAGUCCCAUUUCAACUUUGCGACAGCCUUUGUGCUUAAUGCCAUAAUCAAAAAUGCUCAGAGGAUUCAUCAAAGUGAAAACGAGGACGAAGCUAAAGGUAAUAAAAAUAAUUAUAUCGUUGACUGAGAAGUUUCAAUCAUUACUUUCGGAAAGAAGUAGUAUACGUUUCAGUGCAUGCACCUGAGUGCAUGGGUUAUUUAUGUAUUUAUAUAUGUCAAUGGCCGUAUGCAUACAUGCAUAUGAAAAUAUUGCCGAGUAAAUUUUAAUUCAAUUUCGAUACGCAUACACUAGAUUAUUUGUUUUUGUAUAAUACAAGAUUUGUUUUCAUUUUAAUAUAUUUUAUAGUUGAGAAUUUAAUUGGCAUGUUAUACUCUGAUGUCGCUGAACGAAAUGUUGGGAAAUCACUGACGUUGGAAACAAUUGCAAAGGCGCAAGGGAUUGUUGGAGCCGGGCACCCUCUUCAUUGUUCUGGAGGUGACCUAACAAUAAGCGGUGUUUCAAUAAGCGGUGUGUUAUCAGCUAUCACUUAUCGCAUAUAUAUAGUGUUAGUUCAAUGGCAUCGAAUUAUUAAAUUACAUUCAUUUUCUCUUGUAGCAAGAUGUUGAUGUCCGCGUUAGCAAGCACUAAUCUUGUUUGUCUGGUUGACGAUGCAAACAUUAACGCCACCUUCAGUGAAUUUUUGCUUCAAGUGCAUGGUGGGUUAGCACAAGGAUCAUCGAGAACGGGGCUAGCAGUUCCACAUGGCAGUAUUCUUAUGAGCACAAACCUUCGGGAAAGUGAAAGGUGCAGUACGAUAACAUUGACCGGCACAACUGUAUAUACUGUAUAGUAUAACUAGGAUAUACGUUAUAUGUCAAAAGUAACAGCUGCUAUAAAGAUCGCUUGAAUAAGCAAUUAUUGAAAUUAUCUUUUCUCUUUUAUAUCAAGGAUAUACGGACGAUGUAUCCGAAUCAAUUACAAGAAGGACAGAAACUUUUCAUUCCAGGAUGAGAAAUUUUUGAAUGAAAAUUUACAGAAUCUGGUUACUGAAAACAAGGUAGCUAUAAAUUUCAAUCCAACAUAAGUAGUAAUCAGCUUAUAAAACAACUGUAAAGUACAUCCGCAUCGUCAGUGUUGAUUGUCGUUGCAUGUAAAGCAAAUUAACAGAGUUUUAGGCAUGUCCUGAUGUAAGUGAAAAACUAUACUUGCUUUAAGUUCUUUGUAUAGGUUUGCAUGGCGAUAAAACAUAUAAUACUAUGUUGUUUGUGGAAACACCACGUAUAUUUAUUACUUCAAAGCUUUCAAACUGUAAGCCCGGAUAUUCAAAUUCAUCAGUGCUAAUAAUAUGUGACUUGUUCAAUUCACACACCCUUUUAUAUAUCAAAGUGUACAGAUCAUGACAAAGAAAACAGUGAACAGAUCAUGACAAACAAUAGUGUCAAUAGCAUUAUAUAUUUGCUUUAUCUAUAUCAUAUUGAGCCGGAUGCUUUGGCAUUUCGUUAACCAAAUAUAUAUUCUCUCUAUCAUGGAAACGAUUAUGUGCAAUACUCAAAAACGGUUGUCUCUAUCAUGCAGGGUUUCCUGGUAGCAUGGGCGGUCCUUUUUCAAAGGUUGUGGCUUGAUAACAUAGAAGAGCCAAUGAAUAAAAUCAGAGCAAUGCUGAAGAUGCUGGUACCCGAGCAGGACCAAGACAGGUGGUAUAAGGGUGCAUCGAGUGUUUUGUACACGUAUGCUCUUGUAAGUAACAGACAUCUGCACAUGCGUUAUAGAACUGGAUUCGUAUACCAGUGAUGGAUUUAAAUUUUGUUAUAUAUAAUUUUUAUCUAGCAUGUAUUUAAAGCAUCAUCAAGGCAAAUCCUGUAAUUAACAGUUUCUAAUAUUUUGUUGUAUUUUUCGUUAUAGUUUCAUAAAGUCGCUGGAGUCCAUGCAGAUUUAGAAACUGCAAUUGAACAUAUAGCCAGCUGUGGGCAACUCCGCACAGAUAAGACGCUAUCAUUUUGGGAGCGUUUCGGACGCGAAAUAAAGUCCAACUUGCAGAAGGAGGAAAAACCG